AUGGUACAAUCAGAAACGCCAAAGUAUCGUCUAGCAGUGACUGCGGGGCUGGAUUACGACCCCGCGACGCAUCUUCCAGUCGAGGUAAACGGCAAAACGUUACGACUCGAUGAUAAUCGCGCGACAUUCGACCUAAAUGUUCGCAUCCAGGAUUACACGGGAUACCCCGAUUCUUCUCCAAAGACAAGUCCCUAUUUCCAGCAUCCGCUACAUACGAACGACCAAUACUCGAUAUGUUUCUCCUUCACACCAAAACAACCCAUCAACGGCAAUGAGCUACUCUUCGGAAACGAUUUCGAUAAACCCCUUCGCAGCCGUCUACCCCCGGGUUUCAAUGCAGCCCUCCGCGUGGUAAAAUGGACCAUCGACCCGUCCCUCGAUGGCGAUGCCUACGCCGAUAAACCCUAUCUUUAUAGCCCGGCUCUGGCAACAUGGAACCAGUUCCGGAUUGGUGACAAGAAUAAGGAGCGUGAUGCUCUUAUGGAGAAGGAUCACGUCGUUGAAGAGGGCGCUGAUGGGGAAGGUGCGGAGCAACGCAGUCAACUUCAGAUUCCUGAGACUGCAAAUGAGCGUCGGAAGUUCUUCCAGAAGGAGGAUCAUCGUAUCGAGUUUGAGUUUGAGAGUGGUAGAACCUACUUAGCUGAUUUUGGUAAUCAGUAUCUAUCAUUUAGUGAAACCGCGAUUCGUCUUCCAGGCAUCCAUAUCCCGGUUGUGGGUAUGGUUGAUGAAGACAAUCAUGAACUACGAUAUGUCCUGAAAGAUUCCAAGACGGGUCGCCCUUAUCUAGUCGUAUGCUUUAUACUCGUUAAGCAGGAUCAGAGUUCAGACGCUGGCAAGCAGGAAGAAACAAGUCAGAAAUAG